AUGUGGACCUUGGUUGUGUUGUUCGUCCUUGCGACAGCUGGAUGCUGGGCACAGAUCUAUGAGAACGAAGAAGGAGGCCUGCUGGCUCGUUUCUGUCCCGCCACCGAAGCUGUGUCUCACAUCAAGAGCACCUACGUGGGCAGCGAUCGCAUCUGGACCAUUGAGUGCAAACCCUUCAUCCCCCUGAACACAGACUGCUCCUGGUCCGGGUUCCUCAGCCUCAAUGAGAAGGAACUCAACUUCAACUGCAAGGCCAAUCAAGUGAUCACCGGGGUCUACAGCUCCUACAGCCCGGAGCACAUGGACAGAGCAUGGAACUUCCGCUGCUGCUCUGCCGAUGAACUGAUCACAUUCGAGUGCCGGGAAAGUCCGAAGGUCAACUACUACAACGAGGACUUCAACUGGCUCGUCCCCGGAGACAACUACCUGACCGGCGCCCGCACCUACAGAGACAGCCCCCAGGGAGAUCAUCGCUGGAGUUUCAACUUCUGCAGAGCCGUCGUACUAGACACCCAGGCAGUCAGUUCUCAGAUCCUCGCUGCAAACAGUCCGAUCGCAAACCUCCUGACUCAAGGAGACGUGGCGGUCCAGACCACGAGGAACGCUCGGGUCUGCAGCGACUGCCGAUGGACCAAGUUGAGUGAUCAGGUUCAAGUCCCGUUCAUCAUGAGUGAUUCCUUCAGCAGCUCCAACAAGGCCACCAUCCAAAACGCCAUCAACGGCCUCCACACGAGCACCUGCGUCCGCUUCGUUCCUCUCAAUGGACAAAGCGACUACGUCAACAUCGUGAAGCAAGAUGGAUGUUGGUCCUAUGUGGGACAGACCGGAGGAGCCCAGCAGGUGUCUCUGGGAGACGGCUGCCUCAGUGACGGCAUCAUUCAGCACGAGCUCCUCCACGUCCUCGGCUUCUGGCACGAGCAGAGCAGAACCGACAGGGACCUGUACAUCCAGAUCCACAAGGACAACAUCCAGGAUGACAGACUCCAGAACUUCGACAAGCUGGACACGUACAACCUGAACGUCCCCUACGACUACUCGUCCCUCAUGCACUACGGCCCCACGGACUUCUCCAAGAACGGGCUGAACACCAUCUCCGCCUUCUCACCCACAGCCAACAUCGGCCAGAGGCUCGGCCUGUCCGAACACGACGUCCUGAAAGUCAACAAGCUCUACGGCUGCACUGAUUACCUCAACAAGAAAGGAGAGUGGGACAACGAGUUGGGAGAAACUCUGAGUCGCCAGUGUCCUCCUGGUCAAGCUGUGUCCAGCGUCACAAGGUGA